AUGCACGAGCGGAAGGAGGUCCAGGGACGUAUUGCCGGCAAACAAAUCGUCUACCACGCCCUCCAAGACGUCCCCUCAGACUCCACCUCAGCACAACUUGCCGCCCUCGACUGUGAGCUAACCGACCUCCGCGCUCAAAUUGCCUCGACAAAGCAAUAUGAGAAAUCACUCCGUGCGGAACUGGCAACCCUCAGCGCCCAUGUACCCACGGGAAAACUACGAGAGAUGGUAUCCAGGCUGGAAAUGGAAAGGGAAGAGGUAUUAAGCCGCCUUUCGCCGUUGAGGAAUGGGAGGGUUACAACGAGGGUUGUUUCAGCGGUGGAGCAAGAAACAGUCAAUGGGGAGUGGAGGGUGUGGAAGGGCAGAGUUGUGGUGAGGAAGAGGAUCUGUAAAGAUAUGUGGGAGAAAUGUUCUGAGGCGCUGCCAGAAGGGUUUCAGGGGAUCGAGGAGUUGUGGGAGACUUUGGGGUUAGAUGGCAUGUUGUAA